UGCUUGGCUUGGCCAUCUCCAACACCACGUCAAGUUGUAUACAAAUUUACAAAUUUAGGCUGACCUGCCAGUACAUUCGGGAAUAUUUACAAAACAAAAAAAAAGAGUACCUUGCAAGCUAAUUGGUCUUCAACAUGGCGUAUGUCGAUCAAAAUGGUCGACUUUGGGAGAAACGUCCUUGGGACUUGAAUCGGGUAUUGGCCAUAUUCGUGGGUAUAUGGUUUGCCAUCAAGCAGUUGUUUGCAUCGUUCCUAGCUCCGUUUAGCAGCAAUGAUAACAACGGCGAUAACUCCCGUCGAGGAAAUGGCUGGGGUAGUAGCAGUUGGGGAGGAGGAGGAGGAGGUGGAGGAGGCGGUGGUGGUGGCGGAGGAGGUGGAAGUGGUGGCGGUGGAUAUGGCGGAGGAGGAUUAAGACCGAACCGCCGAAUCGGCCGCAUACAGCCCUCCACAUCAUGCAGUGCCGGAGGAUGCUGUGGUUAGCAAAAUAGUAUAAGUGUUUUGGUCUAAAGAAGUGUUUAACCAAAAUGUUCGAAUACUUCACCCCUUUAUCCCCAUUUUACCACCAUACCGGAACAAUUAAUCAAAUAUAUUGUGGCUGAAUUUUAGUCGUAAGGUUUUGUAUUGACUUGGAAUCAGAAUAUUAUUUUUAAUAAACCCCCCUAAUUACCCAA